CCUAACUCUGGGGUGUGGCACUCUCCGGGGGUGGCCAAGGUGAGUCAGCUCUACACCGGCUCGCCCUGUCUCUCUGACCCCCCACGCCCUUGGUGCUCCGUCGGGGGAGCGGCCUGGACCUCCUGGCUGGGGCGAGCGUGGGCCCUGCCCGGGCCUGCCCCGGGGGGGCUUCUCUGUCCGCCCGCGUCCUCUCAGGCGCGUGGCCCGGCCCGCCUCGGGGCGCGGCUCUUGUCCUCUCUCCCCCUCGGGGGUCCCCUCUUUGUGUCCUUGUCUUUGUGUCUUCCCGUAUCUCCUGGCUCUCUGCCCGCCUCUGCGGGUCGGCCCGUCCCUCUCCCCCUCCGCGCCUCUCGGGGGUCUGUCUAUCCCUGCGCUGCGGUGAGCAGCACGCAACCCGCUGGCGCGCCCGGACCUGCCUCCGCCCCCAGAGCCCCGGACCCGCCCGGGCCUGCGCCUUUAAGGGCCGGCGGCGGGGGGCGGGGUCUCCAGGCCCCGCCCCUCCCGCCCCUCCCCCUGACGUCCCUUCCUCCCGGCCCCUCCGCCGCCUCCCUCCGCCGCCGCCCCGGCCGGCUCCGCGCCCCCUCCCCGGCCCCCGCCCGCCGCCCCCAUGGCGCCCCGGGCCCCCACCGCGCGGGGCCACUAGGACCCUCGGCGCCCCCUCCCUCCCCCGCCCUGCCCCCUGUCCCGCGGCGCGGACCCGGGCGUCCACGGCGCCCAGCUUUUGAGCUCGCGUCCCCAGGCCGGCGGGGGGGGAGGGGGAGCGAGGGGACCCCGGGAUCCCCGCCCCCCCCACGCGGCCGCCCCUGCCCCCCCGGGACCUGGAGAAGAUGUCUUCCCGGACGGCGCUGGCCCCGGCCAACGAUCGGACCUCGGACACG